UGUGACUCGAUCUUUCAGAUGAGAACAUACCAUCAGGUGGCGCAAAGGGAUGUGUUAUGAAUAUGUAAUAUUAAAGUCAUUAACGUAUUUACAUGGCAAAAGGAAAAGAAACGGCAUCAUUUUUUUAUUUCUAUUUUAAGGAACGAAAAGCGACGAUCACCCGAUAGUAUUCACCAGGCAAUUUAAGCAACGUUGCGGUGACAGGAUCCAUAUGGCGCAACGUGGGGGAGAAAUUGCACUGAUUAAUGAGGCUGGCUGGACGCUGAUUCCGCUGAGCGCAUCGCUGUCACCGAUUCCGUCGUUCUCAGGGAGCGAAUCUUUUCCACCGCGCGAUCGUCUGUCGACUGCAAGGUGAUUAUAUCCCUCCUCGAAGAUGGAGUGCGGGGAAAGGAAGAGGAGGAGGAAGUCGCAGAGCUUUAAACUGGUCACGGAGGAAGAUUUUGCCCCUUCAUAUGUGAUGAAUUCCAACUGCAACGACGCAAAUGGAGACCCGAAGGAUGCCGCUGUUCCUGAUGUUUGGCUAGAGGACGAGGGCGUGGAGAUCAAGAGGCAAAUCACAGGAAUGAUGAGGCUUCUGAGUGAUAAGACCGGCAGGGUAUAUCAUCGUGUGGUAAGAGAGCAGGACAGCUUAAAAAAGGACCCUCAGGAAAGGCAUCAGACCUGGGUACAUCAGCCUGCCAUUUCAUCUCUUGUGUCAGAGGACCACCAAAGCAACCGCUGGAUCUCUGCAGGGGACCCGGGGCCUGCACCCAUAUCCACCCCCAUCCCCAACGGUCCAAGUUGUGGCCAGUACGGCACUCGCUCCAAAGCCCUGAAGGUCCUCAACAAUACCAAGGAUCCGAACAAAGUGAAUGAAGCUAAUGUAGGUCUCGUCCCUUCUGAUGCAACAGAAGCCCCCUGCUGCAUGUGUAAUUGUAAGGGAACCUUACAGGCUAUUUUGCAGGAACUGCGUGCCAUGAGGAGGCUGAUGCACACGCAGAAAGCAUCCUUAGAAAGACACGGAGGGGCAGCAUCGUCGGGCCAGCCUCGUCUCGGUCCGGGCCCCUCGCCUCGCUGUAGGCCCCGCAAGAGAAGGCCAAUCUAUAAAGUGGCGCCACCGAAUGUUACCAGACCAAGAAGAGCCGCUCUCGGCCCCCUGCAAGCAUCACCUCUUAUAGCUGUACAUGCAGAAUCUGGAAAGGCGGAGGGAUAUGAGAAAGAUCACGACUCUUCUCACGACAGCCUUUCUGUCUCGCCUGAGGUUUCUGUUCUGCCCCCUCAGGAGGAUACAGUAGCUAUCAACGACAUUCACAAUCCUCUGCCGAAGCAACUAAAGGAACUGUUGUUGGAGUCCGAGGUGCGUCUUGCAGAGGAUCAUGACGUGUAUAUCUCAAAGGCGCAGCUAGACUCCAUUCUGCUCAACUAUACACGCUCAGGCAGCCUGCUGUUCAGGAAACUGGUGUGUGCCUUUUUUGAUGAUACCACGCUGGCUAACUCCUUGCCAAACGGUAAGAGGAAGAGAGGGCUCAAUGAUAACCGUAAGGGCUUGGACCAGAACAUUGUGAGCGCCAUUAAAGUGUUUACAGAGAAAUACUGCACUGAACAUCGAAUAGAGAAGUUGCCCGGGCCACGAGACUGGGUCCAGAUCCUUCAAGAUCAGAUCAAACUUGCCAGGAGGAGGCUGAAAAGAGAUGCUGCAGAAGCAGAGGAAGUCUUAAAUGGACCCUCCACAAGCUGUGACUCUAGGAAGCCUGCAAGCGGGAAGGGGACGGUCGUCAUCAUGACUGGUUGAUUCAAUGGCUGCCUCACUGGCCUUACAGCAUUUGUUAUUUGUCUUCAUUACUUUGCAUUUUGCCACUUUACAUUUGUCCUUUGCUGCGCUCUUCUAUGGAUGUUAACGGCAAAAAAUAGCACCCAAUGACAAAGCAGCCCGUUUAAUGAUUCUCUGUCUCUUUCGCAUACAGCUUCUGCAGCUUUUGUGGUCCUUCUUCAGGACAGAUACUGAGAUCUAGGUUCUAAUACCAAAAGACACUAACGCAUACAGGGGCUAAAAUAUAUUGUGGCUUAUUGUUUACAUUGUAGGCUACAGCUUUAACUUGCCUAGUUCUCAUAUGUCAGUACCAGGAGUUGCAAGUCUUAAACAAGAAAACGUAGACAACUGUUUUAGUAUAGCAUUCGCACACUUAGCUCAAAUUGCUUUUUAAUUUACUUCCUAAGUGACAAAUUUCUCAAUGGGUGUAACGUGUAGUGCAGGGUCAAUCUUAUAUACAAACAUUACAUCCAAAAGGAGAUUUACGAUGUAUUGUAGAAUAGGCUAAGCUCGAAGAAUAAAGCAUAUAAAGUAUUCAUCCGGCGGGCCGCACUGGACACCCCCGGCGGGCCGGAUUUGGCCCGUGGGCCGCGAGUUUGACACACGUCCUCUAGGCCAUGCAUAUCUAUUGUUAUAUUAUCACUACUAUUGUGGUGAAUGACAUUUUUCAUAACAUUGUUGCUUUUUGUGCACAUAACACGAAUGGUAAAUAAAUAUGGUUUCCUGGCCA